GGAUAAAUUUUUCAAAAAAUAUCCGUUGGCACCUGCAUUAAUUGCUCCAACAGCCAUAUUUUUGAAAUUCUGGACGUUGGGAACCUCUUUUUCUAUAAAUUGGGACCCCCUCUCUUCACUUUUACACACACAAACACAAAUUCCUUCAAUAUCUUUACAUAUUUCAUCUUCUCUACUCUAACCUUUUGAGAUUUCUUCACCAUGGGCAAAGACAAGAGCAGGGCUGCCACCUCCGGGAAAUCAAAGUCCAAAUCCCGGGUGCCUACGACAUCCUCUGAGGAAUGCCUCUACUACGGCGAUGGGUCGUACCUCUGGUUCGAUUCCAAGGAGGAGCGCACCCGCUUUCUCACUUUCUUCUCUAAACGGGUUGUGGCUCCCCCACGGAUCGUCCCGGAGAGCUUCCCGGAGCUGCAGGGCUACGACGACCUUGACGCGCAGCUUCAUCAAGCCGGCCUUUGGCCAUUCGUGUCCCGGGCUAUGAAGGAGAUCAACCCGGCGCUGAUUCGGGUCUUCUACUCCAACCUCCGGCGUGAGGGCGGCGUGCUCUACUCUCUUGUCAAGAGCAUGCCGAUAGAGCUUUCCGUUGAGCAGCUUGGGCGCAUCGCCGGCCUCCCCUACCAAGGUGACGACGUCUCCCAAUAUGGCGGAGAGGACUGGGUGCUCAACAACGAGGGCCUUAUCCUCAAUGAGCUUGGCAUCACCGAGCUUAUCUGCCAUGCCUCGGGCCGCCCCACCAUCCACUCCGCAAACCUCGAGAGCCGGCUUCUUCUCUACAUCGCGAAGUUUGUCAUGAUCAACAUGACGAUUGCCGCAUCCCCCGACCACAAUCACCUCCUCCCGUACCCGUUCGUGGUGAUGGACAGCCUUGAACGGUUCAAGGUGACCACCACCGUUGGCCCACUCACGAAGGCCACGAAAAUUUGGGUGAUCAGCACCCAAACCUUCAAGAAGCGGUUGGACAACGCCGGACCUGCCACUGCCACUGCCGCGCCAUGGUGUCGUUCGGCUGCUGGCCCAGUCGAACCCCAGGCCCGGGCCAACCUCGCCUCCAUCGCCGACUCCCUCAACCGGCUGCACUUCAAAGUUGACGGGAUGGAUGGCUACCUUGAGAGGCUUGACGAGGCGGUCCAACGCCAAGGGUAUGCCAUGAACGCGUACUUCCAACGGGUUAACUACGUCCCCCCACCGUACCAUGGCACGUUCUUUGGGCAAGUGUACGGUGACGAGGAGGAAGACGAUGCCUUCUACACGCCGUCAAGCUCUCCGGACGAAGAUGAGUUCGACGAUGCCAUCGAUGGGGAUGAGAUGGACGUCAACGACGACGAAGAAACCGGAGGCGAAGAGGAGGAAGACGAAGACUAGGCCGCCCCUAGCAUUUUUUAUCUCUUUGUUAUUGUCAUUUUUUGACUCGCAUCCGUUGUACUCCAUUUUAAUAAAUAAAAGGUAUCUUU